AUGGCACCACCUGUCUGCACAAAGACAUUCAAGCUGAACAAUGGCCUUGAAUUCCCUGCCGUUGGUCUAGGAACAUGGCAAGGCACCCCCGGAACGGAUGACUCCAAGGCUAUGGAGGAGUCCGUCAUGCACGCCCUCAAGUCCGGAUACCGUCACAUUGACACGGCGCAACUGUACGGCGUCGAAGAAGUCGUGGGCCGGGCCAUCCGCAACAGCGGUAUCCCCCGCUCAGAGAUCACCGUCGUCACCAAGUUCUGGGGCGAUUGGCAUCACGAUCCCGCGACGGCGCUGCAGAUCUCGCUGGACACCAUGGGCCUCGACUACCUCGACGUCUUCCUCAUGCACUGGCCGUGGGCCACGACGCCGGCGCCGGAGAAGAAGGUGCUGAAGAAGUGGGAGAGCCCGACCUUCAUCGAGACCUGGAAGUUGAUGGAGAAGCUGGUCGGUCCCAAGUGCCGGUCAAUUGGCGUCAGUAACUUCAUGCCAAAGGUCAUGGACGAGCUGCUUGCCGAGGCCACGAUCGUGCCAGCCAUCAACCAGGUUGAGCUGCAUGCAUUCAACCCGAACCUGAAGCUGGUGCCCUAUUGCAAACAGAAAGGCAUCGUCGUUACGAGCUGGAGCACAAUGGGUGGCUCGCGCCCGUCCCAAAAUGACAUCCUCACCCACGAGUUAUUCACCAGCAUCGCCAAGGCGCACGAUGUGUCUGCGGGCGUCGUGUCCCUCUCCUGGUGCGUUCAGCGCGGCGUCGCAGUCAUCCCAAAAAGCGCCAAAAAGGAGCGCAUCGAAGAGAACAUCCGCCUUGUCACACUUACCGACGAGGAGAUGGACAAGAUCAAUGAGGCGCACAAGACGAUCAAGAAGGAGAGAUUCUCAAACGGGAUCGCGGUGCAGCACAUGGAGAUUGAUGGGGUGAUGACCCAGCAGGGCUGGACGUACGUCGACAUGGGUUACGAGGAUGAGGAUGGCAACUGGCUGGCGUAA